AGACGAAGUAUCCCGUUCUGAGUCGCAGGCCCCAGGAGAUGGAGGCUAUUGCGCAGACAACUAGUACUUCAAAUCCUUUGCUGACCGCAUCGGGGGGUGGUAUCCUACUAGUCAUGUCAUUCAUCUAUGCCUACCGCAACAGGGCCAUAGGCAGCUCUCCAGAUACGGGCAUACCUGGACCGAAAGGGGUCCCCGUGCUCGGGAAUCUGAGGCAACUGCUGCCAUACAAGGAAGACUUCAUUGGCUGGCUCUCAAGCAAUGAGGCCAUCUACGGGCCUCUGUUCACAUAUACUGUGCCGCGAUACGGACGCAGCAUCGUGAUAGACCGGCCAGAAUGGCUUGAACAUGUCAAGAAAAAGGACAUGAUCACGUAUGGCAAGGGCGAAAACACGCUGGCUGUGUUCCGAGAGUUCUUUGGUAGCUUUAGCCAGGCCAGCACAGAAGGUGAAGCCUGGAAAGCGAAUCGUAAAAUCACUGCUUCUUUGGUCAGUAUCAAGACCUUCGACAAACAAGUCGCUCGGGCAAUGGGAGAGAUUAUCCCAACUGCAAUGGAGCUUCUCUCGACGGUGGCCUCCUCAGAAUCUAUUAUCGACUGGAACAUCUUCACAGGACGGCUCAGUCUUGCAAUGUUGUUCCGCAUCGCGUGCAGUGCAGAUUCCUGCUCUUUGACAACGGAACCAAGCUGUCUCAGUACUAAGAACGAAAUUCUCGAGGCAUUAAAUACUUGUGGGACCGUCACAGCGGGCCGCUUUGCCAAUCCGCUCUGGUUGUACGUAGAGAAGUAUAACGGCACACGCGAGCGAUUCACGGCGGCGCGCGCGGGGUUGUGGGCAGUCGCGGAUCGUGUCAUCGACGAACGCUUGAAGUUGAGAGAACAGGGGCUCUCGAACGAGGACGAUUACCUUUCUGUGCUCCUUGCAAGUGAACUGGACAGACAGCGGACUCGCGAGACGCUGGUCGCGCUCUUCUUCGCCGGUCAGGACAACCUCGUGAACGUGCUCGGUUGGUCCCUCCACGAGCUCUCCCGUAGCCCGUUAUGGAUGCAACGUAUGAUAGACGAAGCAGAGGCGAACGGCGCCGACGGGCGCAUCAUAGACUACAACUCCGUCUCUUCGUAUCCCGUGCACCUUGCUGUCUUGUAUGAGACUCUCAGAUUAUGGCCAGGUGUGCCGAAGAAUUCGCGCUACGCAAAGGAAGACGAUGUCUUGCCAGGAAUACCAUUACUCGGGUAUGGCCCUGUAAAGAUCUCGAAGGGAGACUAUGUUGUUUGGUCAGACUAUCUUAUGAUGAAGCGUCCCGACGUCUGGGGAGAAGACGCACAGGUGUUCAAUCCUGCGCGCCAUCUGGAUGCUGACGGCAAGUUUGUCAAACCGCCACAGCCUAAGUUCCACUCCUUUGGUGCAGGUCCCCGGUUCUGCUCUGGUUCCCAGCUUGCAACGUAUGAGUUCGUAGAGGUAUGGACUGCACUUCUGCCACUGUUCAAUAUCCAGCCCGUAGAGAUGAAAGAUCGGAAAAUGGCGGACGGAUUGACAUCCACUAUGGCAGGCGACUUCCUCGUCCGAAUAAAGCAUCGUCAGUAGUGGUACUUACGAGCACGUUCAGUAGUGUUCGGGUUUGGCAAUCGAAUCUGCAGAGUAAA